GUACGACAGCUCUAUUAUAUGCAUUUUCGGUUAAACACGCAAUCUCACUGAGUAGUUGUCUUUGGCUUGGUCGCCCAGAAAUUUGGAUCGGCAUGUAUUAUAUAAACAUUCAUUGUCUAGUCUCACAGCAACACAUCACGUCGUACUCUCUCCUAAAAGAAUGGCCCAGGGGAUACCAAAGGACUUACUGAUGAACACAGCUUUCAUUAAUGAAUUGGUGGAAGUGGCUAAAGAUGCAGCGCUUGUGCACGGUGUCCUCAUGAGGGUUAAAGAAUCCCCCAAUUCAUCAGAGUUGGUGACGUAUGCUCCCUUCACCCUCUUCCCCACGCCGGUGCCCAAAGCUGUUUUCCUCCAAGCCAAGGCGGUGCAAAUUCACUACAACACACUGGUGGAUAAGAUCAGCCAGGAUUCUGACUUCCUACAAGAUGCUCUGGCCUGUACCAUUGCUGUGGAUGAUUUCACCGCAAGGCUGUUCAAGGUCCACCAACAGAUCCUUCAGGAAGGAAGGUCGCAGUCGAUCGUGUUGGGUCUGAAUCGAUCUGACUACAUGCUGGACCAGAGGGAGGAUGGCUCCAUGUCUCUGAAACAGAUUGAGAUCAACACAAUCUCUGCCAGUUUCGGGGGCCUUGCCUCACACACGCCUGAUGUGCACCGACACAUCCUGAAGGUGGCUGGACGACUAGAGGAGAGCCAACGUGUCUUAGACAACAAGCCUGCGGUGGGUCUGGCUCAUGGUAUCGCUAAGGCCUGGGAGCUCUAUGGAUCAGAUCGAGCAGUUGUCAUGUUCUUGGUGGAGGCGACGCAGCGGAACAUUCUGGAUCAACGAUUUAUCGAGAACGAAUUAUGGAAAAGGAAUAUAACCACUAUAAGGAAACGUUUUGAAGAGGUCUCCAAAUCUGGAAAACUUGAUGAGAAGAAGAGAUUGUUUGUUGAUGGUCAGGAGGUGGCAGUGGUGUACUUCAGGCAUGGAUACAUGCCUCAAAACUACACAUCUGAACAGACUUGGGAGGCUCGCCUGAUGAUGGAGCGUUCCCUGGCCGUCAAGUGUCCGGAUAUCAGCACCCACCUGGCUGGAACAAAGAAGGUCCAACAGGUGCUUGCCAAACCCGGAGUUCUGGAACGGUUCUUCCCCGAUCAGCCCCAAGUGGUGGAGCAACUCAGGGCUACCUUCGCAGGCCUCUACACUCUCGACAUGGGAUCAGACGGUGACAAAACGGUCGAGAUGGCGAUGGCGACACCAGAACGUUUUGUCCUGAAACCUCAGAGAGAAGGAGGAGGGAACAACAUUUAUGGAGAAGAGAUCUGCGAGGUGCUGGCCAGAGUGAAGGACAGUUCUGAGAGAAUGGCCUACAUUCUAAUGGACAAGAUCCAGCCUAGACCUAUACAGAACUACCUGCUAAGAAGAAACGCCCCCCUCAAAAUCAGCAACUGUCUCAGUGAAUUGGGCUUCUAUGGAGUCUAUGUGAGGCAGGGUCAAAACAUGGUGAUGAAUGACUGUGUCGGCCAUCUGCUCAGGACCAAGAGUUCAGAACACUCAGAUGGUGGCGUAAAUGCAGGAGUGGCUGUGUUGGACAACCCUCUGCUUUUCUGAGAAGGUCCAUCCAUAACAGUCUGUGCUUUAACAACAACAAAACACAGUGGCAGUCCCUGUCCUGUCACCGCACUACCUCAUUCAAAUCCACCUUCAACAAGAUUGAUGUCAAUAUUAGCAACAUCACCACAAGGCUCGUCAUUCCAAAAGAGCUUUUUUUUUUACUUUGUAAUGCAGAAAAAAUAUUUUAAAUGCAAAUUAUGGAACCGUUUUCUCUCAUUAUAAUAGCAUCAUGCAUUCCCAAAAGCACAUUUUUAAGGUCAUGCCACAGCACCUCAAUAGGAUUCAGAUCAAGACCUUUACCAGGCCACUCCAUGUCUUCAUUUUGUUUUUCUUCAGCAAUUCAGAGGUGGACCUGCUGGUGUGUUUUGAAUCAUUGUCCUGCUGCAGAACCCAAGGUGGUUUCAGCUAGGAUAUCAAAUAUUCUAGCAAUCGAUAACUCUAGUGGAAUUUUGGUCCAUUAAUUGGGGAAAAACGUAUUUUUGCUUGGUUAAAGAGCAAUAAUAAAUUUACAAGAAAAAAUUAAACAAUUUCACUAAAUAACAAGCAAUUAAUUGGUUUAAUUUGUUAGAUAAUCAAGUGUUUUAUUUCUUAAAUGGACAUUGUGCAAUAUGAUAUAUACAUUGCAAUUUGACAACAGUUCUGCAGCAAUAAUAAAUUAAUAAACAUGUAAAUGGACAAAAAAAAAGACAUUUCCGCAAUAUAGUUCAUGGCGUUUUACCAACUAUAGCGCCUCUUAAAUGCCACUAGCAGAGAUUUUGAUUAUGCAAAUGCAACAUUUAGGAAGUAUUCUAAUUUGCUUUUAAAAUAAGGCAUUUUAAAUGACUUAAAUAUAUAUACAUAUAUAAUUACUGAACUCUCUUAAUGGCUUGAGAAUAGGUUAGCUACAUAGGCUAACUUUAGUCUUACCUUGUCUAUUAUAUUGUACAGUAUAUCCAUAGAAAUGUUGACAUUAUUGAGUUCAACUUUUUGUAAUAAUGAUUUCCAUCAAAUAUAGUAAGACCACACGAUGUCUUUAGUGGGACCUUUCACUGAAUACAACAGCUUUUCCACGUUACUAGGAAUACUGUAUCUCCACCAAGUAAUACUCUUAUGUUAGUGCAUCAUUUAUGAAUUAAGCUUAAAAACUGUAGUGAUGCCAUCUUCACUUGAAAUACGUGCCUUAAUCGGAAAGUGCAGCAGUGUGUGAAAACUGCACGAAGUAAAAGCUUUUCCCCCAUAAGAACACUUUAAAUUGUCUUGUUCAAUUGCAGCAAGAUGCUUUCACUUGCCAACUGCCUUUAAAGAAACUGAAUACCAACUAAAGUCGUUUUAUGUGUGUGUUUCAUGUAUUUGUUAGUUAGAGAUGCUGAACCUGCAAAGACAAGGUCGGUCUUUUGACUUUUAGAGUUGAUUUAUAAUUUUAAGUGUUGGGAUUUGGCUGCUUCAUUAAAGAAAAUAUUAAAAUUAAAUGUUUAUA